UUCUCCUCUCUCUCUCUCUUCAAAGCCCGCACAGUCUCUCUUUCGUUCUCUCUCAAUCUCUCACCAGUCGGCUCCUCUGUACUCUGCGACUUCUUCCUUUUUGCUUCUGAGCCCUUUGGCCUUUCGUUUUCUCUCGAGAACUCGCUUGAGCUAUAAACGAAAAAUGGCCAACGAGACUUUCCUUCUUCUUCUGCUUCUGGCACUGGCUUCCCACUCCGCUCUUGCUCAGGCUCCCGGAGCAGCACCGAACCAAUCUCCGCCAGCAGCUACUCCAGCUCCGGCCCCAAAGGCUGCGGCUCCAACUCCCUCAGUCAUGGCUCCACCACCAGCCACCACUCCAACUACUCCACCAACCGUAGCUCCAACCGUACCUCCAGCAAGUGCACCAACUUCUCCCACCAUCUCUCCUCCUGCUCCUCCCACCUCUCCCGCUUCAGCUCCAUCCACACCGGUCCCUCCCACACCAUCCAUUUCCAACCCUCCCGGUGAGGCUCCUGCCGUCACUCCCGGCAAUGGAGCUGCCUUGAACAGAAUCUCCGCCGCCGGAUCUUUCGCAGGAGCUGUCUUCGCCGCGGCCUUGUUGCUGUAGAUCUGACACGGAGCCGACGAUUUAGGGUUAUUUUAGUAGGAUUUUCGAGAGCUUCUUCGUCUUUUUGAUUUUAUUGUUUAUUUAUUUUGAAUUUACGGUGGUUGAUGGUUGUGAUUGUAUGGGUCUUUUGGAGGUUGAUCUGAGAUUCCAUUUGCUUACUCUUCUUACUAUUGUUAUGGUUAUUGGUAUUUAUGAAUUCUUUUUUUUAA